AUGAAAAAGUGAAGAUAAAGUUAUAGAUAAAUCGAACUAUGUUAUUUCAACCAAAAGAAAGAUUAUAUAAGUUCAUUUAAGAAAGAUAUAUGUACGGUAUUGAGUAGGUAGCCUACCUGUGAAAGUGAUAAAAUAGUUAUGGCAGCAUCUAUGAUUAAUAAUUUGGUUAAAAGUUUUGGGUUAUUAAAGAUUGAAAAUCCAUGUGUGGUUACUCAAAGGUUCAAAGCAUAUGGUAGUAAAUUUAAACAGUAUAAGAGAGGUUCCAGGUUAACCCCACCUACUUCAACUAUCAGUGUUAGAUAUGUUAACCCUCAAGUAAAAAUAAAGAAAUAUUCGUUACAUCCUGUUAGGUUACAUAAAACUGGUGGAAGGGGACCUGAUGGUGCUAUUGCUGUUCAUGGUCAUGGUGGAGGACAUAAACAACGUUUAAGACAAAUUGAUUUUAAGAGACAUGGUAAAGAAGAUGGUAGUACAUUAGUAGAGAAAGUAUUAGCUGUGAGAUAUGAUCCAUGUCGUACAGCUGAUAUUGCUGUUGUGGCAUGUGGAGAGAAAGCUCGAUAUAUUCUUGCUUCGGAAAAUAUGAAGGCAGGAGACCUUAUUGAAUCAACUAAUAAACUAUCUGGUGUUAUAGUCAAACCAGUAGAUGGAAAUGCUUAUCCUGUUGGUGCCCUUCCUAUUGGUACCAUUGUUCAUAAUAUAGAGAGAUAUGCUGGACUAGGUGGUAGAGUAUCUCGUGCUGCAGGAAGUUGUGGACAAAUCAUAAGACAAUUACCAGAACAGUCAAUAAUUGCCAUGCCAUCAAAACGUGAAAUGGUAAUAUCAGUAAAUUGUGUUGCUACUGUAGGUCGUGUAUCUAAUGUGGGUCAAGCUAAAAAACCUAUUGGAUCUGCAGGUAGAAAUAGAUGGUUUGGGAAACGUCCUAAUAGUGGUUAUUAUCAGAAAAAAGAUGGCUAUCAUGGAAGAAAAAUCAACCCUCCAAAAAAACCUAUUGAAUAUGAUAUUAAAAAACCUCGUGGUAAACCAUCUGCUGUGUACAGACUUACAUUUUAGAACAUUUUUCUUUUUCCAAUAGAAAUAUUCAGUCGCUUUUGCAACCAUGAUGCACAAAGGCAAAGUUAACAUGUCAGUUUUUUUCCAGCUAAAAGUAAAAUAUAAAGCUGGUUUUAUGAAAGAUUAGUUGUACAUCUGUCUUUUGGGUGUUGUAUCUAUGAUAUUUAAAGGUUGCUCACCUUUACAUAGGGAUGUUGAAUGAAUAAACAUAAUCCGUAAUGUGUCGAGGAAAAAAUUAUUGACUUAAUUUGCAUUAGUGAAGAAGAUGAUAAUCAAAAUCAAUAAAUAGCCAUAUCUUUAUAUAUUUCAAGAAAAUGUUCAUAUCUUAAAGGUUACUUACAGUAAGCCUUGUUCAGUAUUCUGAAACCCAUGAGUUGUGUGUGUAAAAUAUAUCUAAAUUUUAAACAUGC